GGAAAAAGUGGAGGACCCGGGCGGAAACCUUGCUUAGUUUACUGGAAGGUGAGCGGUCCUUGAACAGUAGUUGGAACGUCCGAGGCGUAGGACUGCGACGCACCCCUUGUGGAAUUGGGCUAUUUGCUGGACCUUCUUUCUCUUAUAACCUAGGGAGAAAUUUACAUUUUGACUUUUUCUUACCAUGGCUUUGGUUCACAAAUUGCAGAAUGGCACGUAUACUCUCAGAAAAUACCUGAACCCAAGUGCUGCCUUGCAUCCAUUUCUGGGUACUUACUUUGCAAACUAUUGUUCCAAUAGUCUUCAGAAACCAGUGGCAACUUCUGGCAGAGCCUCCCAGCAGAGGAAGACUGAAGAGCAUUUGCAAGGACAUCACCAGAAAGAAGUUGCUUUGGAUAUAACUUCUCCUGAAGAGAAGUUUGAAAUGAAUUUUGAUAAAGCAAUUAAAGAUGAAUUAAAGGACCAUUUUAGGCGUUUGAAGGAUGAAAUUGUGAAUCAUUGGGUGGGACCAGAAGGUCGUCCAUUGCAUGAGGUCUUGCUAGAACAAGCCAAGGUUGUCUGGAAGUUCCGUGGAAAAGAAGAUUUGGAUAAGUGGAUAGUUACUUCUGAUAAGAUGAUUGGAGGCAGAAGUGAAGUGUUCUUGAAAAUGGGCAAGAAUAACCAAAGUGCACUGCUCUAUGGAACUCUGAGCUCUGAGCCACCUCAGGAUGGAGAGAGUAGCCAAAGUGGGUACUGUGCAAUGAUCUCCAGGAUUCCAAGGGGUGCUUUUGAGAAGAAAAAAUCUCAUGACUGGUCCCAGUUCAACACUCUGUAUCUCCGUGUCCGUGGGGAUGGCCGACCUUGGAUGGUGAAUAUCAAAGAGGACACAGACUUUAUCCAAAGGAAGAAUCAGAUGUACAGUUACUUCAUGUUCACCCGUGGGGGGCCCUACUGGCAGGAAGUCAAGAUCCCUUUUUCCAAAUUUUUCUUCUCUAAUCAAGGAAGAAUCCGGGAUGCCCAAUAUCAGCUUUUGCUUGACAAGAUCUCCACUAUAGGAUUCACCUUGGCUGAUAAAGUGGAUGGUCCAUUCUUCCUGGAAAUAGAUUUUAUUGGAGUGUUUUCUGAUCCAGCCCACACAGAAGAAUUUGCUUAUGAAAAUUCUCCAGAUCUUAACCCAAGACUUUUUAAAUAGAUAAGAACAUGUGGUGUGGGGGCUGGUGUGGUAGCUCAGUGAUAAGAGUGCUUGCCUAGCAUGUGCAAGGGACUAGGUUCCAUUCUCAGUACUGUAUAUAAAUUUUUUAAAAAAGGUUCAGGCUGGGGAUAUAGCUCAGUUGGUAGAGUGCUUGCCUAGCAUGCACAAGGCCCUGGGUUCAAUCCCCAACACCACAGGAAACAAAAAAAAAAAAAGUCCAUUGACAAUUAAAAAAAUAUUAAAGAAAGAAAAAAAGAACAUGUGGCAGUUUUAUAUGACUAAAUUAAGGAUAGUAGUGAUGCUGGAGAUCUGGGCGCUUCACACAUUUCUAGGCAAGUACUCUACCACAGAGCUACAUCCCCAGCACAAAAUAAAACAUUUGCUAAUGGUAUUCAAUGAAUGGUGGUAUAAAAUCUUUUAGACAGGGCUAAAUGCUAUUCCUAAGAGGAACACAGUAUGAAACCAAGUUCUAGCUGUUCUUUGGCUCACAGAAUACAAGUACUGAUGUAAGGGUACUCCACAUAAUGUUUUUAUCAGAAUGGUUCCUAUUAGGAACAUUUCCUACAUGAGCUUGUCUUCCAAAGAUACAUGAACCUUACUAGCUCUUCCUUUAUGGUGACUGCUGAUAUAAUCACUGGAGAAACUAAAGAUACUAGACUUCUGUCUCUAAAGCUUGCCAAGUUAAGUAUUACAGAGAUUGGAUAUGCUAAAAAUAAGGCCCUAAUUAUCACACUUUGAUCAAUGUUUGUCAGUAUUUUGAGAGAAGGUAGGACACAGUUAUAUAGCCUGAGUACCGAAGGAGAACCAAAAUUACAAAUAAAUGAAACAUACAAAGUUAACAGCUUUAUUUUAUUUUAUUUUUUGGUACCAGGAAUUGAACCCAGGAGCACUUAACCACUUAGCCACAUCCCCAGCCCUUUUUAUUUUUUGAGGCAAGUUGCUGAGGCCAACUUUGAAUUUGCAAUCCUCCUCUCCGCCUCCCAAGUUGUGCCACCAUGCCCAGCUUUAUUUAACUAUCUUUACUGAGGGAUAGUUGAUUAAGUUGUACAUACUUAAUAAUUUGGAAUGCGUAUACCCAUGAAAUCAUCAUCACAAUCAGUAUAAUGACUGUAAUCCCGCCAGACUCAUCUCUAGGCCAUCAUGCUUUCUACCACUGUAGUUGGACUUCCUAAAAUUUUCUAGAAAUGGGAUUGUAUAGAACAUACUUAUUUUUUGGUCUGGUUUCUUUUACUCAUAAUAGGGGCUGGGGAGAUAGCUCAGUUGGCAGAGUGCUUGCCUUGCAAGAACAAGGCCCUGGGUUCAAUCCCCAGCACUGCAGGAAAAAAAAAAAAAAAGCAUCUUUUACUCAUAAUAAAGGAACAUAUGAUUUUAGUUUUUCUUGAGUAA